ACAUACUAUAAUAAAAGCUCGAUCCCCUUCAUGUUUUGUUCCCUGGCUCAGCUACCGCUUCCCUUGCAUGCUAAGGCAUACAGUCACAUUGCAUGAUACAUGGCUCUGCAGCAGUUUGCCGCCUCCCCCGACUACGACCUCGCCAAGCUGCCGCCGCCGCCGCCUCUUCCGCCAUCCCCAUCCCCGCCUCCGGCAGCCGUCCAGCAGCUACGCAAGCAGACGUACAGCAACAGUACCACUACUGAUCAUCAACAGCAACGGCGGCGUCCACCAUCGGCAGGUGGGUACGGGCCAGGCCAGCAGCAUCACGACGAUGGCAUCGGCGGCGGCGGAGGGCGUGUGGUGGAGGGGUUCGUCCUGGUGCUGCGCGCGACAGCGGCGGCGGCGGGGUUCGUGGCCAUGGCGCUCGUCGCCUCCUGCCGCCACGGGGACUGGAUGGACUUUACGCGCUACCAGGAGUACAGGUAUCUUCUCGGGGUCGCCGUGGUCGCCUUCCUCUACUCAUCGUUACAGGCGCUGCGGAGCUUCCGCCGGAUGCGCGGCGGCGGCGGACACGUGGCCAGAAGCUUCCUUGACUUCGCCGGCGACCAGGCGGUGGCGUACCUGCUGGUGACGGCGGCGGCGGCGUCUCUGCCGAUCACCAUCCGCAUGCGCUCGGCGGUCGCCAACGCGUUCACGGACGCCAUGGCGGCGUCCAUCGUGCUCUCCUUCGCCGCCUUCGCGGGCCUCGCGCUCUCCGCCUUGCUCUCCGGCUGCAGCCUCGUCUCCACGCGAUGAUUAAUUACCGACGAUCAUCUUCAGCUAGCUAUAUAUGCUCUCCGGCCGGCGACGGAGAGCACAACGCGAGAACGGACACAGAGCAUCACGAUUAAGGCCGAAAAAACCAACGAGCACGGGCCGAUCGAUCGAUUAAAGGAAGGCCUUCUUCUCUUCUGCGUAUAGGAGAGAGGCCCGUUUAGCCAGAACCCGCACGGGCCGCCUCAGAGAUAUCCCGGACGAAAGGCAAAACUCCAUGGGCCAUCAGAUGUGCGUGGUUGUUCUCAAAAAGACAAAAACAAAAAAAAUCAGAUGUGCGUGGUUUUGAGAUUUGCAUUUCAGUGCUAGGUUUUUUUUCUUCCUUCCCAAUUAAGUAAUGAACCAUACACGAAAGAGUUACACAAUCGCAAACCGGAAGCUUCGCAAUUCCCACACCUACACUUAUUUGUGGA